AUGGAUCAAACAUUCCAUGACAGCUUCCGGUGGCUCGACGAGGAUGGCGAUCUUGACUUGUCUCUCGAUGAAUACCACGCUCAUGUGGCAGACGCUGCCACGAAAAAGAGAACCCGCCCCUCUUUCCGCCGCUCCUUAUCCUUUUCCAACCACCUUCGCAAAACAUUAGAAAUUACACCCACUUCAACUCGAGGACUCCCGCCUGUCAGUCAAUCGCAACCUCUAACCCCUCUCUCCAACCGGACUCCCGAAUCGCGCCCAUCAUCCAACCACCGAUUCCAACAUGCCCCCAAAUCUUCCACCUCGAGCAUCGACCCCUGCGCACAAUACUACCAAGACCCCGAUGCCCGUUUAAAAUUGCGCGUGUACCUGGCAUCCCCACAAAAGUUCGACGAAGCCAUUGAAUUUGGAUUUCCCUCGCUGGAUCAAAACAAUAAGGAGAAUAUCGGCCCAGAACCAACCACACCAAAACCAAGCUCACCAAAAUCCACCCUGGUUGACUGGGACUUUGGCACAUUCUUCGAAGAUGACGAUGGCACCAUGGUGGGGAGCCCAGGAGGAUCGGUGGAAAAUGAACCAAUCCGUUCGCCCGUGCUCACACAGCGGGACGCGCCCCGACCCUCCAUGGAAUCAUCAGCUCUUUUCCAGCGACGCCAAUCCUGGCUGCCUGGGGCCAAGGGAGUCCCACAACGACUUCCGGGAAACCGCGAGAUGACUCUCAAAAUGACCCUUACUCGGCCUGAUCUCCGCACUGACUCUCCCACACCUCCUGCUUCUUCCAAAGAAAAGGAAGAUCCCUUGCGAUUGGCUGAACUUCCACCCGCGGACCGCAGCCAGUCGAUCUGGGACUCGGACUUGGAUGAGCGAGGUGUGGUGAAGAAGAUGUGGCGCAAGCUCCGACGCCGAGUUUGA